GCCGGGCCCGAGUGACGAUUGGCUGACUGCGGUCACGUGCGCGUGACGCGCGCGGGCGGGGCCGCGGUUGCCGAGGCGACACCGGCGGCGGCUGAGGGGAGAGUGGGACAGCUUUAUCAGUGAUGAGAAGUAGCAGCAGCCCUUAGCAAUGGGUGAUGUUUUAACGUAUGAAGCUGAAUUACUUGGCCUAGUGAAAGAGUAUUUGGAUUUUGCCGGAUUUAAAGAAACAGUGAAAGUAUUUAAAAAGGAAUGUACAAUAAAAGGGAAGCCACUACCUAAACCAGCAGAUCUUUCCUCAGAAGAUUCAUUGCCUGUUCAGGAAGGAAUGCUUACAGCAUUUGAAGAUGGUGAUCAGAAAGUUUUCUUCCAGCUCUGGGAGGAGCAUAUUUUGUCUUCAGUCCAUGACAGUGAUCCAGUUGCUCAGAACCUGGAGUUCUAUCUCCACAUCUACUUUGCCACCUUCCUCUUGAAACAAAAUAUGGGAAAGCCUGACAAAGCUGAACUUGAUGAAAGGAUUUCUUAUUUCAAGGAAUACUUGGAAACAAAAGGAGCUGCACUGAGCCAGACUACAGAGUUUCUUCCUUUCUAUGCUUUGCCAUUUGUUCCAAACCCCAUGGUACAUCCUUCAUUUAAAGAACUUUUCCAGGAUUCUUGGACACUGGAUUUAAGGACAAGAUUAGAAACGUUCCUGUCUCUGGCUCUCAAAGCCAGACAGACUCCUCGGCUUCUCACUAUAUUUCAGGAGAGUGGACAGUGCAACAAAGAAAUGAUGCAACAUCUUCAUCAGCAGUUAGUGAAGCGUGAGCAGAGGUACAUGACCAACCUGAAACGAUUGCACAAGUUGCAGAUGGACUACCGUGGUCUCCUUGAAGUCACUGCAGAGCUGGUGGAUUCUUUGGAGGCCACAGUCACUGGCAAGAUGAUUACACCAGAGUAUAUUCAAAAUGUUUGUGCUUGCUUGUUUAGCAAUCAUUUGAAACAAACUGUAGCACACAACAUUGACUUCACAAGGCCUGGAACUGGAUAUUACUCUAUGAGCCCUUGUGAUGACGGAUAUGCUUCCACACUGUUAAGAGCAUCUUUAUCCUCUAUGAAGAUGCAGGAUGUGCCAUUGCUGCCCUCUCUGGAUUAUGAGAAGCUGAAGAAAGAUUUGAUUACAGGGAGUGAUCGUCUCAAGGCCCUCUUGCUGCAGGCUCUGCGCUGGCGCUUGACAACAUCAUAUCCUGGAGAACAGAGAGACACUAUCAUGCAAGCCUACAUCAGUAAUGACCUCCUAGAUUGCCACAGCAACUGUCAGAGAAGUGUCCUCCAAUUAUUAUAUUCUAAGAGUGAGGUAGUCAGACAGUAUAUGGCAAGGCUCAUCAAUGCUUUUGCUUCACUGAUAGAAGGUCGUGCCUACCUUUCUCAGAACCCAACCUUGCUGCAAAUGCUGGAGGACAGACUGAAAGCUGAAGACAAGGAUUCCCUUACAUGGGAGAAUGUUCUGGGGGCUCUGCAGAAAUUCAGCCUCAGGCGCACACUGCAGUCAGCAAUGAUCAAAGAUGGGCUCAUUUUCUGGCUGGUUGAUGUUCUAAUAGACCCAGAUUGCCUGUCUGAUUACAACCUGGAGUAUUGUGCUGCCUUGCUCAUGAAUCUCUGUCUACGGAGUGCAGGGAAGAAAAUAUGUGCAAGUAUCCCAAACCCCAUGCUCAGAGUUCUUUCUGGUCUUCUUGACCAUGAGAAUCCUAAGGUCCAGUCAUAUGUGAAUGGAGUACUGUACAGUAUUUUAGCCAUCCCUUCUGUUCGAGAAGAAGCCAAAGAAAUGGGAAUGGAAGAAAUUCUGCGCUGCUUUAUCAAGGAAAGAAAUGAAGAGAUGGUUCACCAGAUGGAAUUUGUUAUCAAGCAACUCAAUUCAGAAGAGCCAUUCAAUGAUAGUGUUGUGUCUGAUGAUGAUGAGGAAGAGGACUAUGAGGAAGAGGACAGUGACAUCCUGGAGCCUGAUCUGGACAAAGAUGAAGUUUUGCUGCCUCAGCUGGGGGAGCUUUCAGGAGAGAAGCUGUUAACAACCGAGUACUUGGGAAUAAUGACUCACACUCCAAAAACUAAGAAGAAGCAAUUUGCUGGUGUCCAGCAGAGUAUAGAUGAGCCUCUCCAGAGACCUGUGACACCAGGUUAUCACAGAACUGCAUAUCUAAUGCCAGAAAACAGUACCAGUUCCUGUCACGAUAGGGAUGAGAAGCUGCAGUCUCCACCAAGUGGUUCUUCUUCCAUUUGUGGUGGGAGACAGUCCAGCAUUUCUGACUUCUGCAUUUCCCCCUCCUCAGCAAUUGAAAUGAAGUCAUCUGAAGUAUUUGCAUCAGGCCAUAGAAUGGACCAACACAUCCCAGCUGGUGAUACCCUAUCUUCUCAAUCUGCUGACUUCACUGAGGACAAAGUAAAUGGUCAAUCACACAGUGAGUUUGCCCAAGCCUUCACCAGCAAACCUAAGAUCCCUCGCACUCCUGACGGGCAGGGCACCAGCCCUAGAAAGGGAAAGGUCCCAGGCAUUGCCCCCCAGUUCUCUCAGUCUGGACCCCAACAAUCAAGCCAUCCAAGCUCCUCAGGAUCUACAAGGAGUAGACAGAGUGUGUGGAUAGGAACAGCUGGAUUCAAAUACAACUCUGUGUCCAUCACCAGUGAAAUUGGCAGCCAGUCCUACAAGAAGUGAGAACAGUUCCUUUCCUCGAGAAUCACCUGUCACAUUGUCGAAGGACAGAGCGAGCUUCCUGUAAUGAGCUUUACUGGUGACCUGCAGAGGAGAGUGAGGCUGUUGACACUGCAGGCCUUGCACAGGGAUUUGGGAUUAUCUGAUGGGAUGUGUCUGUGGGCUCUAAAACUGGCUAAGACAAGGGCCUUGUUAUUAGAACUCGAGGUCUGAGCAGCAGCUCAGGACUGUCAUGGGAGAUGGAUAUUUUCUGAUAGUUUACUCUAAAAUGACAUUGCCACCUUGAGAAGAAACUCUUGCUCUCUGCCUUCUGUGUCAGUGUAAAUGGCAUUGGAAACAGAAUGUAGGCUCAGCCCAGGAGUUUUACCAAGAAACUGUAUUUUUUACUUAUUGCUUGCUGAAGCAGCCUGCCAAUUGCUUCUUUAAAAAUUUUGCCUGUGUGACUGGUUUGGGAGGUGUCUGUGUUCAAAGGAUCUGCCUGAAGAGGGACACUGUCUGCCACAUGUGCAGAGCCUUCCAGCCCGGAGCAGUCCUGUGUCGAGUGAGAUCUGCAUGGCCCCCAGACCCUGAAAAGGAGGUAUUUUAUCAGCUUCUGGUUGACCUGUACCCAAUGAAAAACACUGUUACAGUGCCCAAGGCACCAUCCAUGCUCACCUCUGAGGUCUUCAUCUGCAGCAAUUAGUCCUAAUCCUUCUUUCUGC